AUGUACCAGUGGGCGCCAUUUUUCUUGAUGCUGGCUUUUUGUCGUUUGGGAAACUUCCAAGAAGCUCCAUCAUGUCCUGAGAAUGACCAAUUUACCCUCAACAGCACUAUUAGGAAACAGCUCUAUGACCGGAUUUCAAAGCUGCAUCCAUCGUUGAAAUAUGAUUGCGGUCUGGAAUCAAUGGGAGGAUUGGCCUUAAAUGACCCCAACAAAAACAUGGAAUCUCUCAAACCCAAGAAAGUUCUCACCUACUACGUUUUUGGGCAAAGCGGUGCAAAUCUCGAAAGGGCAAUCAGACUCUUCGUAGGUAAAUAUAGAAACGAGAUUAAGAAGCUGGAAAAGGAAGAGCACUUUGGAUGCAACUACAUCAAUGCGAAUGACAAGCACCAGUUCAUCUGUGUUUUUGAGUAA